GAAGACGAGGAUCAGGACAUGGAGAUGCAGGCCGAGCAGGAUGACAAGUUAAAGAAGGGUGCCAGUGGAGGCAAGGUGGUGUCCACAAAGGCCAAAAACUCAAAGAAGGCACGAUUUCCUCCACCGUCAGAUGGAGGAGGAGGAGGAGAGCAGCACAGACCAGGAAAGGGAUAAUGAUAGUAACAGCAGUAUCAUGUUCCCAAAAAGCAAACACACCACAAAGGGCAUGGGAAAGAGAAGGCAGGGUUCCAGCGGUGUUGCACGGAAACACAUUCGGAACCAUGCUCUGGUGAUGGACUUGCCAGACAGUGUCCGCCCGGUCAAGAAUAUGGGGGCCUUGUACCUCAAGAUGCACAUCACGCUUGAGCAAGCCUGGACAAUGUAUGAUGGCUCCACCAACGAUCGCCUGUCAGACAGGCAUGAAGUCUUGAAGGCAGUUAUGACAAUGGUGGUGACCCACAAGAACAAGGACGGGUGUGUUCCACGGGAUCUUGCAGCUGCAUUGGAUGAGCUGCGAGGGGAAGAAGACAAGGUGGUGGCCCUGAGGAAGAUGGUGCUUGACCUGGUCUGGCAGGGCGCGUCGCAGAUGAGGAACGACCUCAAGAAGAAGGCAAAGCAGGUUGUCGAUGAGGCGUAUGGAUUCGCGGGGCUGAAAGCACCUAAGAAGGAGGCCCUGGCAAUGUGGCUGCUGAAGACCUACAAGCAGAGCGUGAAGGGAGGCUACGCCUACGUGCCUUACUUCACCUUCCCGGUGAAGGAGGUUGUCUGGACAGAUGGGCAGAAGAGCAAGGGUGGUAGUCAGGUCAAUGAGCAGAAGAGCAAACUGGCCAACACGAAGCUGUUCCAGCACCCUGCCAUUGCCAAGCUCAUCUAUGCAUUUUGGUUCAGCUUAUCGCAUAAGGAGGUGAGAGAUCGGCGCGAGAAGUUCAGCAGUGUCCCGGACAACCUCAUCGCCCUGGUCUGCAAUGCAGUGAGUACAGGUAUUCAUCAUUUGAACACGCUAAGGCUGCUGGUAAACAGCUGGAGGCAGCUAUCAAGGACCAUCUGCAGACCAGUGCAAGCAAUGCACUGGACUUGCAAUUCUCGAACAAGAUCUAUGCGCCAAAGUGGAACGACCACAUGACGAUCCUUGAGGAGAUGUGCAAAGUGCACCCAGAGGUAUACCAACGCAUGCAGAGUGGCAUCUGGACCCACGUCA